GUGGUUGGUGGCAAGAGAGGUGAAGAGUGACCCGGGCUCACGGAGGAAGGAACAGAGUGACAUCCCAGGGUUACAUAAACUCUCCGGUCGCCAAAGAGUUAGGACAAAUACGUGUGUGGAGCCUGGAAGCCAGCGAGUGCCGCUGUAUAGGAAAGAAGCCGCAGCUCUUUCCAGAGUCCACCGGGGAGGCAGAGGCUCUGAGGACCUAUAGACCAUGGUGUGCGCGCCCUGCCUGCUGCUGCUGCUGCCACUGCUGCGCUUCUCUGCGGCCACACUAGAGCCCUGUGAGGUGGACGAUGAGAACUUCCGCUGCGUCUGUAACUUCACGGGUCCUCAGCCCGACUGGUCCAGCGCCUUCCAGUGCAUGACUGCCGUCGAGGUGGAGAUCCGUGGCGGCGGCCGCAACCUGGAACAGUUUCUAAAAGGCGCCUCCGCCGACCCGAAGCAGUAUGCUGACAUUGUCAAGGCCCUGCGCCUGCAGCGGCUCACAGUGGGCGCCGUACAGGUUCCUGCCCCGCUUCUGGUCGCCCUCCUACGUGCGCUCGGGUACUCCCGCCUCAAGGAACUGAAGCUGGAGGACCUAGAGGUAACCGGCACGAUGCAGCCGCCGCCUCUAGAAGCCACUGGGCCUCCGCUCUCCUCCCUCCGUCUCCGCAACGUGUCGUGGGCGACAGGAGGUGCCUGGCUCGCCGAACUGCAGCAGUGGCUCAAGCCGGGCCUCAAGAUAUUGAGCAUUGCGCAAGCUCACUCACUCGCCUUUUCCUGCGCGCAGCUCCACAGUUUCUCGGCCCUCCAGACCCUAGACCUGUCUGACAAUCCUGGACUGGGCGAGCGCGGACUGAUUGCAGCUCUCUGUCCGCACAAGUUCCCGGCCCUCCGAGAUCUAGCGCUCCGCAACGCGGGGAUGCAGACACCCAACGGCGUGUGCGCGGCGAUGGCGGCGGCGGGUGUGCAGCCCCAUAGCCUGGACCUCAGCCACAACUCGCUGAGCGCCGCUGCUCCCGGCGCUCCCAGGUGUGACUGGCCCAGCGCACUGAGUUCUCUCAACUUGUCCUUCGCUGGGCUGGAGCAGGUGCCUAAAGGACUGCCGGGCAAGCUUAGCGUGCUUGAUCUCAGCUGCAACAGGCUCAACAAGGCGCCGCGAGCAGACGAGCUGCCCGUGGUGAGUAAUCUGAUACUGGACAGGAAUCCCUAUCUGGACCCUGAAGCGUCCAAGCAGCAAGACCAGAACUCCGGCGUGGUCGCCGCCUGUGCGCACUCAGCCCUGACCGUGGGGAUAUCAGGAACCCUGGCGCUGCUUCGAGGAGCCGGGGACUUCGCCUAAGCCCCAGGGGAGAAGAAUGAAUUGACUCAGAUUGCCCUGGCUCCAGGGGAGCCUCAUUAGGACGUCUUAACCAACCGACCCUCUGCCCCAUCUUGAUUAAAAUCUUAAACAAC